AUGUGUCCUUUGGCAUAUGUUGUUGUUGAGGUGGAGAAUAAGGACAGUUGGCAGUGGUUUUUAGAAUUGCUUAUUGAUGAUCUUGGUGGUCAGGAGCUUUCUUCAAGAAUCACAUAUAUUUCAAAUCAACAAAAAGGACUUGUGACAGCAUUACAAGAACUUCUACCUGGUGUGGAGAACAGAUUUUGUGUGCGCCACAUUUAUGCAAAUUUUAGGAAGAAAUUUCCUGGUCAUAUUCUAAGACGUCUAUUAUGGAAAGCAACAUCAUCAACACACCCUCAAGCAUGGGAGGCAGUGAUGAGAGAAAUUAAAUAUGUCAAUCCAGAUGCCUUUAAACACUUGCUAGCAAUUUCACCAAGAUAUUGGUCACGUUCAAGGUUUACGGGUAAAGCUGGCUGUGACACAUUAGUCAAUAAUAUGUCAGAAGCUUUUAACAGUGUCAUAGUACAUGCAAGAGGCAAGCCCAUCAUCACAAUGAUGGAAGACAUUCGUAUCUACAUCAUGAAGAGAUGGGCAGCAAAUAGACAGAAAAUAACUACAUUUGAAGGUUGUCUUUGCCCAAAGGUUAAAAAAAGAUUUGAAAAGGAAUUGCACUUGACGAAAUUUUGGAUACCUAGUUGGUCAGAUAAAGUGGAAUGUAGUUGCACAAAGUGGACUUUAACAAGAAUCCCAUGCUGUCAUGCACUAGCUGCCAUGAAGUUUUUGAACAUCAAUGGAGAAGACUACGUCUCAAAUUGGUUUAGAAGGGCAACAUACCAAGAAACAUACAUUCCAAUGAUAUACCCUAUCAACAGUCAUCACCUAUGGGAAAUGAUUUCUCAUCCUGAUGUUUUGCCUCCACCUAAAAGGGUGUUACCUGGUAGACCAAAAAAGAAGAGAAGGCUAGAGGCUUGGGAGCUAAAGAAGGAUGACACACAGCUAAAGAAAAAUGGAACUUGUAAGAGAUGUUCCAUAUGUAGACCGGUUGGUCAUAAAAGAAAUACUUGCCCACAACGUCCAGGACCAAGUCAGCAACCUGAAAGUCAGCCAAUUAUAGGACCAAGUCAGGAACAAGAAAGCCAGCCAACUACUAGACCAAGUCAGCAACCUUAA